ACAAAAGUAUUAUAUAUCGCCAUCCAAGACAGUAAAAUGAGAAAAGUUAAGGUUACUGCUCUAAAUUCCCAAGUCGAGAUUGAGUUGGGAGAAACUUCGGUGUGGCAUGAUGAUCAUGUUGAAGAACCGAAGAAGAAGAUGAUGAAGCCAAUUAAUAGUCUGUUUGCUCUCUCGUUUAAUAAUUUAACCUAUAGCCUUAACAGACGUAAUGAUAUAUCACUUCCAAGUAUAUUUGGAAGAAAGGAUACCUCAGCAAUAGAUACAUUGCCGAAGAAAAAAGUGUUGUUGAAUGAUAUCUCAGGUGAAGCUAGAGAAGGUGAGAUUCUAGCUAUUCUCGGUCCUAGUGGUUCGGGGAAGUCAACAUUGAUCGAUGCACUUGCGAAUAGGAUCACUAAGGAAAGCUUGAAAGGAUCUGUUAUUAUGAACGGCGAAGCUCUAGACUCGGGCGUUCUUAAGAUGAUAUCCGCAUAUGUCAUGCAAGACGAUUUGUUAUUCCCGAUGUUAACAGUGGAGGAGACGCUCUUGUUCUCGGCUGAGUUCAGAUUGCCUCGUUCCCUCUCAAAAUCCAAAAAGAUGGAAAGAGUUCAAGCUGUGAUCGAUGAGCUUGGGUUGCGUAAUGCUGCAAAGACCUUAAUAGGAGACGAAGGUCACAGAGGCAUCUCUGGUGGUGAACGUCGGCGUGUUUCAAUUGGAGUGGAUAUAAUUCAUGAUCCAAUUUUGUUGUUUCUUGACGAGCCAACAUCAGGACUCGAUUCAUCUUGUGCUUUCAUGGUAGUGAAAGCCCUGCAACGAAUUGCUCGAACUGGGAGGAUAGUAAUUAUGUCGGUCCACCAACCUAGUUCCAGAGUUGUUAGCCUACUCGACCAGAUGAUCUUCCUCUCACAGGGAGAAACCGUCUACUAUGGCUCACCAACUAAUCUCUCACUUUACUUGUCAGAUUUUGGUCAUCCCGUUCCGGAGAAUGAAGAAAGAACCGAAUUCAUGCUUGAUUUAUACCGUGAACUUGAAGGCGCACCUGAUGGGACAAAAAGUAUCGUUGAAUUCUGCAAAUCGUGGCAGAAAGUUCAUGAAAAUGGGUCUUUCAACUCAUACUAUUCAAAGGGGUUAGGUCUAAGCUUAAAAGAAGCAAUAUGUGCUUCUGCAUCAAGGGGAAAACUCAUUCACGGAGACGUUAACAACAUACCUCAAGCAUCCACCAUCACCAAAUUUGCGAAUCCAUUUUGGGUUGAAAUCAUUGUACUAGUUAAACGAUCAUUAACCAACUCAAAGCGGAUGCCCAAACAAUUUAUGCUUCAAGUUUGUUGUGUUGCCUUUGUGGGUUCUAUUUUAGCUAGUGUGUUUUGGCGCCUAGAUAAAACCGCAGGAGGUGUUGAAGAACGAAUAGGGUUCUUUGUUUUCAUAGUGACAACCAUCUUCUUUGGAAGCACGGAUGUGCUGGCAGUAUUCCUACAAGACAGGUACAUAUUUAUGAGAGAAACAGCUUACAAUGCGUAUCGUCGUUCAUCUUAUGUUCUAUAUCACUCGGUCAUAAUCAUACCGACAUUAUUCGUAUUAUCUAUGUUACUAGCAUCAAUAACGUUCUCUUCAGUAGGUCUAGAUGGCGGAUAUUCUAGUUUCUUAUUUUAUUUCUUUGCGAUAUUCGCAUCAUUUUGGGCAGGUAAUUCAUUAGUUAGCUUGGUUUCAGGAUUAGUUUCUCAAGUUAUGUUGGGUUACAUUGUAGUUAUGCCUAUAAUUGGUAUAUUUCUUUUAUUCAGUGGUUUUUUUAUCCAUAAAGAUAGACUUCCCCCAUACUGGAUCUGGUUCCAUUAUAUUUCUGUUGUGAAAUAUCCAUUCCAAGCCAUCCUAUUGAACGAAUUCGACAACCCAAAUUUGUGUCUAGUUGAUGGUGUAAACCUAAAUAAGUCUUGCUUAACAACUGGAUUGGAUAUAGUAACAAGGCAAGAUGCAACCGACUUAAGCAAAUGGAGUUGCUUGUGGAUCACUUUGGCUAUGGGUGUUCUUUACAGAAUUCUCUUUUACAUCUCUUUAUUAUUUGGCAGCAAGAACAAGAGGAAGUAGUUCUGUAGUGGCAAAAUGGCCAUUACCAACGUGGAUUGUUUCAGCAUGAGUGUUGUCUGUUAUCGAAUCUGUGCUCGAGUAAGUUAUUUGUCAUGUAAUCUUGUUUUCGAAUGAGUUAUCUGUUACGUGAUCUUUGUUUUC